AUGGCGGAUAAAUCAGAGUUGAAGAAAAAGCAAGAGAACGGCGUCGGAGCUGGAAGCACAGUGGUGGAAGUGAAUCCAAAGCCACAAAAAGGGCUGACUUCAAAAGCUAUCGACUACUUGGAAAAGCUGAUUGUGAAAUUAAUGUAUGAUACCUCUCAACCUCACCACUAUCUCUCUGGUAACUUCGCUCCGGUUCCUGAUGAAACUGCUCCUGUUAAAGACCUCUCUGUAAAAGGCCACCUCCCUGAUUGCUUGAAUGGGGAAUUUGUGAGGGUAGGUCCUAACCCAAAGUUUGCACCUGUGGCUGGAUACCAUUGGUUUGAUGGAGAUGGAAUGAUUCAUGGUAUGCGCAUUAAAGAUGGAAAGGCAGCAUAUGUGCGUCGUUUUGUGAGGACAUCACGACUUAAACAAGAAGAGUUUUUUGGAGGUGCCAAAUUUAUGAAGGUUGGAGACCUUAAGGGGCUGUUUGGAUUACUUAUGGUUAACAUGCAAAUGCUUCGAGCAAAAACAAAAGUAUUGGACAUGUCAUAUGGAAAUGGGACAGGUAAUACAAAUCUCAUUUAUCACCAUGGAAAUCUUUUAGCACUUCAAGAGGCUGAUAAACCCUAUGUGGUUAAAGUUAUGGAAGAUGGAGAUCUGCAAACUAUCGGCCUGUUGGAUUAUGACAAAAGACUAAAACAUUCUUUCACUGCUCAUCCAAAGGAUGCCUUGGCAAAUAGUUUUACUGAAGUGGAACAUUUUGACAUUCAAAAAUCCCUUCUUGCAGGAGAGAUGUUUACCUUUGGCUAUUCACAUGAACCACCAUAUGUGACAUACAGAGUCAUUUCAAAGGAUGGUGUCAUGCAUGACCCUGUACCGAUAACAAUAUCAGACCCUAUAAUGAUGCAUGACUUUGCAAUAACGGAGAACUAUGCAGUUUUUAUGGAUCUUCCUUUGUACUUCCGACCAAAGGAUAUGGUGAAAGAAAAGAAGCUCAUAUUCACGUUUGAUGCAACAAAAAAAGCUCGUUUUGGUGUCCUUCCACGAUAUGCAAAGGAUGACCUCCUAAUCAAAUGGUUUGAGCUUCCAAAUUGCUUCAUAUUCCACAAUGCCAAUGCCUGGGAGGAGGAGGAUGAAAUUGUUUUAAUCACUUGCCGCCUUCAAAAUCCAGAUUUGGACAUGAUCAAUGGGGAGGUCAAAGAAAAGCUUGAGAAUUUUACAAAUGAGCUGUAUGAGAUGAGAUUCAAUAUGAAAACUGGUGUAGCUUCACAAAAGAAACUAUCUGAAUCUGCUGUUGAUUUUCCCAGAGUGAAUGAGAGUUACACUGGCAGGAAACAAAGAUAUGUCUACGGGACCAUUCUGGACAGCAUUGCAAAGGUUACAGGGGUUGUCAAAUUCGAUCUGCAUGCAGAGCCUGAGCCAGGAAAAGGAAAGAUUGAAGUUGGAGGAAAUGUCAAAGGCAUAUUUGACCUUGGUCCGGGUAGAUUUGGUUCAGAGGCUGUAUUUGUCCCUCGUGAGCCAGGCACCACUUCCGAGGAAGAUGAUGGCUACCUGAUAUUCUUUGCACACGAUGAAAGUACUGGAAAAUCAUCAGUGAAUGUAAUUGAUGCAAAAACCAUGUCAGCAGAUCCUGUUGCAGUUGUUGAGUUACCACACAGAGUUCCAUAUGGGUUCCAUGCCUUCUUUGUGUCAGAGUCAUCCAGCGAGGAGCGUAUUUUAUUUCCAGAGUGA